UGAGGAGAUGCACAACCAGAAUGUGAGCACACUUGCGGGGCUGAGUCCCGAGGAACUGCUUGAGGAGAGGCAGGCUAUAUUCGAGGCAAUAGAUCCCAAGGUCAUCGCGAUGCUCAGGGCCAAGAAGAAGAUGAAAGACGAGAAGAAAAAGACGGGCGGUGUGCUAAAAAUAGCAGCCAAUGAGAAGCCGGCACAGGGGGCAGCCAUGGAAGCUGAGCAACUAGAGAUUGAGAAUGCCAUCGGUGCAACUGCUGCUGAUGAGGCGAAGAAAAGUGCACAACUGUCGGAUGUCAUAGACGGCCUAUACGAAGAUGACAGCGUUGAAGCGCUGAACUACCCCACAGCGUAUGUUAAACCCAAGACCAAACGACCACAGCCCAAGGCAGACGAUUCCGUGUUCGAGCCAAAGGUUUUGGCGGCAAAAGUGGGGCCCCGGAAGGCAUACGAGGCGCCCGAAGCAGAACAGGUGCAACGGGACAUUAACGGUCCAGAUUCAGCCGAACGGGACAGGGCGAAGCAGGACUUCAGCGGUCCGAAAGUGGUGGAGAUGGUGGAUGAAGAGAGGGAGAACGAGGAGGAUGGGAAGGCUCGCGACAAGCCUGUACGGAAGGCCAAUGCAG